CAUUUCAAAUUGAAAUCCGGCAGAAGAAAGUACAUACCACCCGGCACUCCACUGCUAAUUCUAUUUUGGGAGUUCGCCCAUUUCAAUUGUUUAGUUUUUUUUCUCUCAAAUUACCCUAUAAUGGACGCUCUAUCUCUUUUAUUCUCACCGACAGUAUGGAUAAUUCCAGCCUUGUACAUCCUCUACUGGUAUGGGACUUCGACGUUCGACUACUUCAAAUCACAAGGAAUUAACGGCCCAAAACCCCUGCCGUAUAUCGGUAACAUGUGGGGUGUUUGGAAAAAGAACAUUCCGAAAUACGACAAGGAAUUGGCCGCAAAGUACGGUCGAACCUUUGGGUAUUUCGACGGAACUUUGCCGAAUCUUUACACGACUGACAUCAAUCUCAUCAAAUCAAUUUUCGUCAAAGAUUUCGACCACUUCGUCAAUCGUAGAACUUUCUCAGUCAAGCGCAAAGUUUUCCGCAAAAUGUUGACUAUUAUUCAAGACAAGGAAUGGAAAGACGUCCGCUCGUCCGUCACUCCCGUCUUCACCACGGGCAAGAUUAAACUUAUGUCGAAGAUGAUAACAGAGUGUGCCAACCGGCUGGUAAUCAAAUUUCAAAAGAUAGCAGAGACUGAAGGGAAACUGAAUGCUAAAAUGCAAUUUAGCGCAUUCACCAUGGACGUGAUUGCCCGAUGCGCAUUUGGAAUGGCCAUCGAUAAUUUGGGCGAGAAAGACGAUCCGUUCAUGACAAAAGCCAAGGUGCUAUUCAGUCCUCCAGCCAACAAGUCACCACUUAUUCUUCUUCCAUUCAUGUUACCGAAUGUGUUAGGAUUCGUGGGAGAGAGCAUAUUUUUCCCCAAGGAAUUUGAUUUCUUCAUCAACAUUUUGGAGGGCUUAAUCAAACAACGCUCCAAUUCGACAGAGAAAUACCACGACUUUGUGGAAGUUGCCACCGAGGCCAUUCUGGAGCACACCAAAACGGUCAAUGGCAAAGAAGUGCCUAUCUGGAAUAGAGAAGAGGUCGAUGAAAUUGUCACCUCUCAGUCGAUGUUGUUCAUGUUGGCUGGCUUUGACACUACGGCUACUACGCUGACCAAUUCAGCUUUCCUGCUGGCCAGAAACCAAGAAGUCCAAGAGAGAUUGUACGAAGAAGUUAUGAGAAAACACGAACAAUUUAGCGAAGUUAAUCACGAAAUGAUUCUCGAUUUCCCGUACGUCGAUCACGUUAUUCACGAGGUUCUACGCAUGUAUCCUCCAUUGCUUAGAGUGGAGAGAAUGUGCAAUAAGGAAGUGACUUAUAAUGGCGUUCGCAUCAAGAAGGGCAUGAUAGUAACUGUUCCAGCCUUCGCCCUUCAUUACGAUGAGGAGUACUACCCGGAUCCCUACAGAUUCAAUCCCGACAGAUGGGACCCUGAAAGUGAAAUCAAGCCAAACCCCAACGUGUUCAUGCCAUUUGGAAUGGGCCCCCGCAACUGCGUCGGCAUGCGAUUCGCCAUAGAGGAAAUGAAAAUUGCCUUGUGUACCCUCGUCAAAAACUUCCGCUUCUUCCCCGUGGCGGAGACACCCGAGGAGAUGCAAUUCGAAGAUGGAUUUAUAGGAGUCAUCCAACCCAUUCACGCAACAGUUGGCAUCGAAUCACGUUGUUGACGACAACCUACGGAUAGUUUGCUUGUUUGAGAAGAUAUAUCAAGUAUUAAAGCAGCUAUAUCUAUGCAUUAAUACACGAGUGUUUUACUUUGA